AUGGAUAUUCCCACUUUUGUCCGCGGGCGCGAUACACCAACCCUUGGAAUCUGGGGGUAUCUGCGUGCAGCCCAAAAAGUGUCUUCAACGGGACUAGUCGGCGGUGUCGAAAGUGUCUCGGGCCUACCACGAAGUCUUCUCGAUGUAUUUGGGAGACUGGCACAUGAUGAUGUAGAGAAGGACUUUGCUGAUUGGGAGGGCCACGAGGGGUCUAUCCCGCAUGUUCAUCUCUGGGAAGCAUUCCGGCUAUCAGGCAUACUGAUGAGUCGUCGGCAAAAGCGCACACGAGCUGGCUCGCCAUCUAAUGAGAUGCUGGUAUGUCGUCUAGUAGCGACCCUCGACGCACUAUACGAAACUCGCAAGCGUGAAGAAUACGCUCACAUCCUCGCGACAAACAGCAUGCUAUAUCCCUACACAGCAGCUCGUCUCGAAGUAACCAUUCUCCAAACGCGACCUUCCUGGGUGCAAACACUGCGUCGGUGCGGGAGUAUCUGCGACGCAUACCGCGACACGCCGAAUGCACUAAUUUUAGAGGAGAUACUUGAUAAAGCAUUGGAAAGGGGCGAUAAUGAAGUUGAUCUUGAUAGAGAGACGAAAGUGAGAGGCGUUGAGCUGAGUUUGUUCUAG